UCGAACGUCAGUCGCAUCCGAAUAGUUCAUUUCAUUGUGUCUUUAGUGUUCUUCGAUCUAUCGUAGUUAUUGUGGAUUAUCGUAAGGAGUUAUAAAUUAAUUAAUAAAAAUGUCAGACGUUGCCAAACAGUUUGCUGUGGUAGAGUUUGAUGAAGUGGUAAAUGGCAAAAAGGUGGUAGAGUUAAUACCAAUUUCGUGGUUAAAUGAUGAUGAAAUGUUUUGUUUUUGGCCGCCAAAAGACAUUGAGCAUACACUUCAAAAAUUGGUCAAACUAAAAUAUGCACCAGGUUCCGACUGGGAUUCAUAUCCUAUUAAAGUCAUCUCUAAAGCAAAGGAUCAUGAACAAGGACUCCGGAGACUUGAAAAAUCAUUUAGAAAACGCGUAGUUGAGAGUUCUGAAAGUGAGGUGCCAACGGGAGAUGAAAACCAACUUACAACAAUGAAUUCAUCAAGUGUAGCUGACAUAUUAGAUAAGUCACAACAGCCGCUAACAGAUGAUGAUUUCUUGAUAAUUGAUGAUCAGGUGAUUAAUAGCAACAAUACCAAGAAAAUCAAUGACAAACAAAAGGUGAUACCGGAAUUGUCGCGAGUUCAAAUAACUGACGUAGUGGAUUAUCAAUCACUAGGAUUGUACUUAGAAAGCGUAAUGAAACGUGAAUUUUCAAGUAUGAGGCAAAGUAUAAAUGCGAACAUCACUGAUAAAAUCCAACAAGUGUUGAAAGUAGUCCAAUACUCUGCCGAUCCACCAGGAAAAGAACAGGCAUGGAAAAAUAUCGGCGAAGAAUUGCCUUUUCAAGACGAUGACCAAUUUAUGAAGUUUGAUGAAUCGAUCAAAAAUAAUGAACUAAAAACGACUGCUCUGAUUGAUAUUUUUAAAAUGGUUACGGCCGGAUCCAUCGAUUGCGACAACGAUGUUCAAUCAAUAAUGAAAAAAUUAAUAAAAAAAGAUGUCCAAUUAUUGUACAGUGGUUGUGGAAAAAAAAUUAAAGGCAUUGGAAAAAAAAGUUUUAAAGAAACUCAGACAUUUAAGGAAAUGGAGAAAUUUUUGAAGGCUAAGUACUACGAUAGUAAGGAUAAAUUAUCAAUACUAUCCCUAGUAAGUCGCUUUUUGUCGGGAGCAAAAGAUAGAGAUGGCGGACGAGCUAACCGUGAAGCUAAGCUAAUGUAG